CGUCGACGCGUUCGGCACUGUUCAAGUCGACCACAACGAAUUCCUUCCUCAGCCCCCUCCCACACUCACGAUGGGUCUCCGAACGAUAGUGGUGGUGUGCACGACGAGCUUCUUGCUUGGGUGCCUGUUCACGCAUUGGAUCGUCGACCUGCUUACGCUUUGGCGCCCACCGGCGGCAGAGGUGGACCUUUGGACCGCCGUGCGCUACUACUCCCUUAUCGAGACGAUGCCCAGGUGGUCACAGCUGCUACUUGGGCUCGUUGUAUCUCUUGCUGGGGCUACUAUCCUCUGGAGCCUUGGGGACGGCCAGGCAGACAACAUCAUGUUUGACGGGGGCAGUAUCUGUCUCUUCGGCGCAACUCUCGCCAUGUAUGUGUACAACGUGCUUCCCAGCAUCAUCAAAAACUUCGAGACGAUCCCCCCUCACGAGCCCGACGCGAUAGUGCCGAAGACCCUUCGCACCGCUGUCAUCGACCUUGCCUCAAACCACCUCAUGUGCAGCGUCGCGCUCACAGGCGUCCUUGCCCUUCAGGCGGGUCGGCAGUGGGUCCAGCGCUCGGCGAGGGAGGACCAGGAGGAGGUCGAGGAACUUGUGUCGGACAGCAAGUAACUGCUGCAAUGUAUUUUUUUGUGACUCUAUAUGCAGUGCGCGUGCUACACAGGCGUUGUCAAAGCAGUCCUGCAACAGUCAGCUUGUGCAUCCCCUCCACCAACAUGUCAAAGU